GAGCCAGCCAAAACUGACGACCUACGGCGGCACACCUCGGGAUUUCUUGCUUCUCAAUAGAAGCAGCUUUGCAAAUAUUAUCGAGGAAGUUUCAAGACGUUAUUUUUCUUAGGCUGCAAGCACUGCCAAGAAUACAUACGUGCCGCCCAGCUCAGCCACACAGACAUCAGGUUCCUCCUUCGUCAUCCAACCCACCCCACUACAUCACGAACUCUCUUCAACAUUAACAACAGCAACAACAGCAAUAAACACUACAUCGCGCACGAUUGUUUUCAUUGUUCUCGUCAUUCUGCGAGUGGAAAUGUCAUUCAAGGGGUUUCAGAAGUCGGUGGUACGCGUAAGUGGUCUUUGGAACUCCCACAUGCCCAGCUACAUCCUCAACACCCAGCUACAUCUUCAAUGCCAGCUAUAUCCUCAACUGACAACUGUUUCUGAAGACUCCGCAACUUAUUAAGCAACGCUUUAGUAUCGGAGAUACUACGAAAGAUGCGGUUUAUAUCGACAGCGAACGGCGCUUCAGUGAGCUGGAAAAGGAGACCGAGAAAUUGCGAUCCGAGUGAGUUUCUGCUCAGCUGCAGCCCACCUGUCUUCCAGACAGUGACGGCAAAGCAUAAAGAUGAAUAUUGAAAUAGAUUUGCAGGUCUAAGAAGUACUUCGAAUCGAUUCAAGGUAUGAUUUCGCAUCAAAUCGAAUUCUCCCAGGCCAUCGCCGAAAUCUACAAGCCUAUAUCUGGUAGGAUGUCCGACCCAGACUCUGCGAUUCCAGAGGGGAAUCCUGAAGGCAUUCGAGCAUGUGAGGAAUACGAGGUGAUCUGUCGGGACUUACUGGCUACCCUUCAGCCUGAACUGGAAAUGAUCGAGACCAGAGUCAUCCGGCCGGCACAAGAGUUGUUGGAGAUUAUCAAAGUCAUAAGGAAGUCUACCACAAAACGGCAACAUAAGCAGCUCGACUAUGACAGACAUCGCGCAACUCUUAAGAAACUCCAGGAUAAGAAGGAGAAGACUUUGAAGGACGAGAAGGCCAUGUAUAAAGCUGAGAACGAUGUUGAGCAAGCCACACAAGAGUUCAACUACUUCAACGACUUGCUAAAGGAGGAGCUCCCCAAACUAUUCGCCCUUGAACGCGAGUUUAUCCGCCCGUUGUUCCAGUCUUUCUACUACAUGCAGCUGAAUGUCUUUUAUACCCUCCACGAGAAAAUGCAAGGUUGCGAUAUCGGAUAUUUCAACCUCCAAAUGGAUGUGGAGGAAGGGUUUGAGGCGGCGCGGGGAGACAUCCAGGAAAGAGCAGAAGCCCUGUCUAUUGUAAAAUUCAAGACAACCGGUGCGAAGCGUCCUCCUGGAAGACUUGGUCCUGGCUCGAAGCUUGCCCUCGAAGGCAAGAGUUCUCCCAAACUCAUUGGAGCUGCUCCAAAGCGGCAAUCAUUGACGGCGUCAACUGAAGAAGAGAACCCACCUCCGCCAUACUCUUCCAACUCACUAUCACCUACGUACGGUGGUGACGAGAAGACCUCGGUGGUUCGCGCCAAUUCUACAGCGACAAGUCCAUCGUGGGGCUCUGCGGCGAAAGCAAAGGGACCCGCCCCACCACCACCGAAGCCAAAGCCAUCGCGGCUCAGCGGUGCUCCUACUGCUGAGACUGUGACCGCACUCUACGAUUAUGAGGCUCAGGCUGAGGGAGAUUUGAGUUUCACCACUGGUGAUGUGAUUGAGAUUGUGACCAGGACUAACAACGAAAAUGAGUGGUGGAUUGGCAAGGUCAAGGGAAAGCAAGGCCAGUUUCCAGGAAACUAUGUGAAAUUAAACUAGGUCGGUUAGAGCGGAUAUACCAUUGAUGAGUGCACGGAUUAGUGACGAGGGUGUCGAGUGGACAGAGCCGACGAGGCUCUCUUACUUUUUGAUAAUGCGGCAAGAGGUGUCUGGGGCUGUUGGAGGGUUUGCAUUGAUUCGGAGCAAGGAUAAAGUGCAUUGUACCUAAUGAAAAUCAGUGAUCAUACCAGUCAUUCCUCUUAUCUCUUUAGAUCUAGACAAACAGUUUGCUCUGCGGUCUCUUCUGCAGAAUACGGAGCAAUGCGGGAAGAGACGAGGGUUGGCAUCCUAUGGGUGGAUGCAAUAUUAAUCACCUGGGAACUCAACGUAUGCAAGGCAUUAGAGGCCAUACAGAACCCGAACCGCAUUCAACAAUUUCUCCACCCCUGCUGCAUACCUGCAAUGUGUUGGCACAACACCAAAAUGGGACAAGGCAAUACGAGGCAAAACGAGGCAACCUGGGGUCCGCAGGCAAUCUGCCAUCUCACCCCACCAGUUUGCAACAGGCGGAAGAGCCUCAACCCUAUCCCACGACAUCGCUGAUAAACAUAUAA